CUUUACAAACCCACCCUCCUCCCUGCGCCUCGGGUAGAAUCUACACCCGCUCGCGAGCGUCACCUCUUGCUCUCUACACCGCCGCCGCUUCCUCCCAUCUCCACCUCACUGUUUCCCUGCCCGUUCCCCAUCGCACCAUGCGCGCCACCCUUUUCAUUGCCGCCGUCGCCGCCGCCGUAGGUGGCGCCGGCACGAUCGUUGGUGCGUCGCCGUCCGGACCGGCGCAAGCAAGCCCUGCCGCCGCCGCGUUCGGCGGGUCGAUCGGGAACUACGUGCAGUGCGCACGCGCGCUGACCGCUAACUCGCCUUCGGCGUGCUGCACCAACACAUGGAUCGACGCCAGAAACCAGACUGACGUCGGGCAGCAGAGCGGCCUCAUCCUCAGCACCCAGUUCUGGGACGGCGGCGCGUCUGGCCAGGCGGACCUCGUACGCAGCACCUCCAUCCACGGCCUCUGGCCCGACCACUGCGAUGGGUCGUACCCGCAGUACUGCACUGCGCAGACCGGCAUCCCCGAGCGCACCGCCGCGCAGAUCGUGCAGAUUAUCAGCCAGAACGACCCGGCGCUGUUCGCGUACAUGCAAAAGUACUACCUCGGCACCCCCGACGCGCCGUCGUUCUGGGAGCACGAGUACAACAAGCACGGCACCUGCUACAGCACUCUCCGCGCAGAGUGCAACGCCCAUCUCACCCAGCCGGGCCUGAGCGUCGAGGACAGCGUGGUGCUCAACUACUUCCGCGAGAUUGUCAAGCGGUUCCAGCGCCACCCCACGUAUGACUGGCUCGCCCAGGCCGGAAUCACCCCGUCCGACAAGAAGACGUACAACCUGGCCGAAAUGCAAGCCGCCCUCAAGAGUGGUAGCGGCGCCACGCCGUACAUUGGCUGCACCUCCACCGGCGCGUUCGACGAGGUAUGGUACUUUAACUACGUCUACGGCCCCCUCAUCAACGGCUACUACGUCCCCACCGAGAGCACUUCCAAGAGCUCCUGCCCCGCAACCGGCAUCAAGUACCUCCCCAAGGUAUAA